AACAGAUUGCCAUUUAAUAUCGCGAUUCGUCUUAUCACGUGACUAUUAAAAUGGCGACUGCCACAAUAACAAAGAAAUUGAGAACCGAAUGAUGAAGAUUUAUAAUAUAGUAUGAUUAUUUGAAUAACAUUGUCCAAUAGUUAUCGUGAUUCAUAAAUACUAGUAAUACAGUAAGUUUUGUUCAACAGUGCUGUAACUACCGAGUAGUUCAUUGAAAAUAUGCCCAAACUGUGUGCAACACCAUACUCAAAGUCUAGAUGAUAUCAGUUGCACCAAUAUCAGAACUUUCCAUGGCAGAGUCAGGAGCCCGCGCUAGAUGGUCUUUGGCCUAUCUUGAUAUAACUGAAACACCACCAGACCUUACAGAAAAAUAUGGAAAACAUGUAGAAGAACUUGAUAUCAGUAAUAAUAGAGUUGCAGAUUUAAGGUUUUUGUCUGAAUUUCCACGACUGAAUACGCUAGUGGCUGAUCACAACAACAUACACUCACAAGUAAAGAUACCUUUUAUGCCCAAUUUACACACUAUAUGGAUGAAUCACAACAAAAUCAAAAAUCUUAGUGUAUUUAUUGCUACUUUAUCUAAAAACUGUCCUAGGUUACGAUAUUUAUCUCUGAUGAAUAAUGAAGCAGCACCUAGUUAUUUUAAUGGUGGUACAUUACAACAGUAUAAUGAAUUCAGGUAUUUUGUUAUCAGCAGUUUACCUCGAUUGGAGCAUUUAGAUUUUCAACCUGUAACACCAGAAGAACGCAUCGAAGCCGAGAAAGCGUAUGGCCUUUACGUAGUAAGAAGAAGAAAGAAAAAAGAAAGUCCAGCAUCUGUAGAUGAAUGAGUGUCACUUUACAACUAUUUUAUUUUGUAAUUUGAUCUUUUAUUAUAGUUUAGAUACUAAUGCUUCCAAAUGUCAUUUUUAAUUUAUUAUACAUACAUUAUGCAAGAGCUAAAUCUGCCUAUUGUUGGUCUUACUUUAGGCCUGAAAUGCUAUCUAAAUUAUUAAUUAGACAUUAGUUAACUUAUCAAGACCAUAAUCAACUCUCGAUGCCAUAGGAUAUCUCCGGUAUUAAGUAGAUAACGGUUCAGCCAUAUUUUAAUUUAAUUUAAAAAUGGUGAAGCGAGGCUAAGCUUUGAACAACCGGUACAGUGGUUGCAAUUAAUGCACACAUCGUGUCAAACCUUCAAAAGUUCAUAUCUUCGCUCACAAUGUAAUUUUCAGUAUAUUCAUUUUGCAUUCUCUGUUUUCAAACUAUUAUAGUAAGAAUGACCAGCUCUUUAUCUAAAUCUUACAUAAUGUAUCUUUAAUUGUAUAUUUUAUUUAAUGCUGUAAAUAUGAAACAAAUCUACUGCUAAUAAAUAAACCAGAGAACACAA